UUCCACAGAGCGAUCAAUGAGGACUUUGAGCCCAGUUUUCAGGAAGAUAAGUGUGACUGGGAACAGAAAAUAAUUCCGGUAGAGGAAAUCGCGGUUCAAGUCGAGAGGCGUGCAGGAACUGCGCUUCAGUUCAGUGCGCUGGCAGUGUCAGGUGCAUCGCGGGCCAUGGCGUUCGGCGGUGCGGUUCUGCUGUUCCUCGGGGUUUCAGGUGCUUGCCUUUCUGUGUCCCAGUCUGAGGAAAAGCAGCAGAGCAGACUCACUGCAGGAGAGUCCUUCACCUUCCCUGAUGCAAUAAUACUGUCAGGACAUCUAAAGUACACAGGCCUGGGCAGUAUUAUAACUGUCCAAAAUAAUGUCAGUGACACUGACUAUGAAACAAGCUUCAGAGGGAGAGUAUAUUGGGACAGCAGGACUGGACAGAUUACCAUCACAAAUCUAACUGUGCAGGACUCUGGAGAGUUUGAACUGGAGUCAACAAAAGCAAAUCGCUUUACCAAGAACUUCAUUCUCAAAAUCUACAAGCCGGUGUCGAAGCCCCAGGUGUGGGUCAUCAAUUCCAGCUGCACUGCAGUGUGCUCUGUGGAGAUGGGGCCAGGCGUGAACAUGGCCUGGAAUACCAAGACACUCGAUCAGCCCCAGGUUCACAAUAACAUCAUGACUACAAAACUGGACUUGAAAGGACAGCCCCCCCCAUUCAAGUGCUCAGCCUGGAACCCAGCUGACAUGAAGUUAGCUGUUCUCUCCCCUCCAGAAAAUUGCACAGAACAUAAAACACCAGAUGACAACACAAAAUGGAUUGUGGUGUCAAUAACUGUGGUGGCAAUUACUGUGUUAAUUGUGGUGGGAGGGUUUUUCUUGAGGAAAAAGAGGCAAGAGAGGAAUCAGCUAUAAACUUUUAUGAAGAAACAUGGUUACAUUUCAUUUCAUAUGGCGUUACACCCUGGAGCAAACAAGAUUCAGAACUCUGCUCUGGAGUGAGAACUCCCUGCAUUGCUUUAUGUACCUCAGUGUUAUUUUUCUGUACUUUUAUAAGGCUUGACUUUGUCAAUAAAAUCCUAAAAAAGCA